AUGUUAGUAUUCAAUAUUGACAGCCCGUCGCAGAAUGUAAAGCGGUCUCUGCAUUGUAGGCCUGAAGUACAGUUUGAUUAGUUCUUCAAAAUAAAAUAUUGCCAUACACAUUUACCCAACUCAUGAAGAUAAUAAAUUUUACUAGUAUAUCUUUUCAUUUGAUUUUCUUGUGCACCUUGUUCAUACUAAGCUCUGGUGCAGGAGACAUCAUUUCUGCAGAUCAGAGCUUUAAAAAUGGAGACACCAUUGUCUCAGCUGGAGGUGUGUUUGAGCUCGGUUAUUUUAGUCUCCCAGGCUCCAAGAAUCAUCAGUACUUGAGCAUACGCUACAACAAGGCCGGUGGCAUUAUCGUAUGGAUUGCCAAUCGCGAUACACCUCUUGCUAAUGCGUCAGGCGCACUCACGUUGAGUAGCGAGGGGAGUCUGAAGCUUGUCAAUGCCACAAACAGCUUGAUAUGGUCAUCAAAGGCCACAAAAUCUUUACAGAGUCCGGUGGCUCAGUUGUUAGACACGGGAAAUCUUGUUAUCAGAUCGGUGAAUGGCCCCGAGGGAGAUUUUAUCUGGCAGAGUUUUGAUUAUCCUGACAGUACUUUCCUGCCAGGAAUGAAGCUAGGAAAGAACCUGGCAACUGGUCUGGAUUGGUCCUACACAUCUUGGAAAAGCAAUGAUGAUCCUUCUCCCGGAACUUUUCAGAAUAAGCUUGAUAUCAAUGGUUAUCCGCAACUAAUCCUAUGGAAUGUUUCGGCCAGAUUUAUCCGCCUCGGUCCCUGGAAUGGUUUUACAUUCAGUGGUAUUCCUACUUACGGUCCAAACAAUUUAUUUGUGAAUGAGUUUCGGUUUGACGACCAAGAGAUAUAUUAUAUGUUUAGACUUGUCAGCAAUUCGGUGCUUAUGAGGCUAGUUACGGAGCCUGAUGGGCGAGUAAUGCGUUAUACAUGGACUAACGACACUAAUAAAUGGGAUCCAUCUAUAUUUCUCCAGGCAGUUUACUGUGACAAUUAUGCACGCUGCGGGGCGUUUGGUAGCUGUAAUGUCAACUUUCUUUGUAGGUGUUUAGAUCGUUUUCAGCCCAAAAACGCUGUUGCCUGGAAGAGUUUAAACUUUUCAGAGGGGUGUGUUCCAGAGACACCAUUGAAUUGUAGUGAUAAGGCUGAUUUUGUAAGACUGUCAAAUAAGAAAUUGCCAGAUACACAGAGCUCAACCUAUAAUUUCAGCAUGAGCCUAGAGGACUGUAGGAACAAGUGCCUGCAAAACUGCUCUUGUACAGCAUAUGCAAAUACGCUAAUUGCUGGAAAUGGCAGCGGAUGCUUGCUCUGGUUUGGGGGUCUUCUUGAUAUCAGAGAUCAGGAACAGAGUGGCCAAGAUUUUUAUGUAAGAGUUGCCGCCUCCGGCUCAGACUCAGGUAGUAACUCAAGAGCAAAUAGUCGUUCCAGAUCAAGGCGGAUUGUCCUGAUUGUACUUCUACCCAUCUUAUCAUUUCUAAUAGUCGUAUUUGGCUUCUACAUGUGGUAUGUACGCAACUACAUGAAGAAAAAUGAAGAAGGAGAAACGACAGAGCAGGAGAACGACAAUGGAAGGGAAGAUUUACCAGUGUUUGACAGCAGAACUAUUGCUAAUGCCACUAACAACUUCUCUAACAGAAAUAAAGUCGGGGAAGGUGGUUUUGGGCCUGUCUAUAAGGGUAUUCUGGACGAUGGGCAGGAAAUAGCUGUAAAGCGGCGUUCAAAAUGUUCGACACAAGGAGUAGAAGAGUUCGGAAAUGAAGUAUCAUGCAUUGCAAAGCUUCAACACCGGAACCUGGUUAGGCUUCUUGGUUGGUCCACCACUGAGGAAGGAGAAAGGAUGUUAGUCUAUGAAUAUAUGCCCAACAAAAGCUUAGAUAAGUUCAUCUUCGGAGAUAUUACAGAGAGAGCUUCACUAGAUUGGCCAAAGCGCUACAACAUUAUAAAUGGGAUUGCUAAGGGGCUACUUUACCUUCAUGAAGACUCCAGAUUAAGGGUCAUUCAUAGAGAUCUUAAAGCUAGCAACAUUCUCCUUGAUUAUAAUAUGAAUCCGAAAAUCUCAGAUUUUGGUAUGGCUAGAAGUUUUGGGGACAGUGAAACGGAAUCAAACACAGGAAGGGUGGUCGGAACAUACGGUUACAUGUCUCCUGAGUAUGCAAUUGAGGGAGCAUUUUCUGUUAAAUCUGAUGUUUAUAGCUUCGGUGUGCUGCUGAUAGAGAUCGUGACUGGUAAGAAAUGCAGAUUCUUCAGCCAUCCGGACCACAACCUUAAUCUUAUAGGUCAUGCAUGGAGGAGUUACAAGGAAGACAGGCUUUUGGAACUGAUUGAUGAAUCAAUCCUGGAGUCAAGUGUCCAAUCUGAAGUGUUUCGUAUAAUUGUAAUAGGACUACUAUGCGUUCAGCAAUAUCCAGAAGACAGACCCACCAUGUCAUCUGUACUGAUGAUGUUGACUAGUAAAGCUUCACUUCCUCAGCCGAAACAACCUGGUUUUUUCACCGAAAGAAGGUUGGAUGAAACGGAUUUUUCAGGGAGCAUGCCUUAUUCAUCCACAGCCAACCAAAGUAUUACAAUUGUUAGACCUCGAUACAUAAGUAGCAUGAAUGAGAUCAUGACAAAGUGCUUCUUUUUAAUUAUGUCCUCCUUUUUUGUUGUAAACAUCAGAGCACGAGACAUACUUUCUGCAAAUCAGAUCAUCGAAAAUACAGAAACCAUUGUUUCAGCUAGCGGUGAGUUUGAACUUGGUUUUUUUAGUCCGGGAAGCUCAAAGAAUCUGUACCUGAGCAUACGAUACAAGAAGGCUGGUGGAAUAAUCGUAUGGGUGGCCAAUACAGAAACUCCCCUCACUGAUGCAUCAGGCACGCUAGCAUUUAGUAGCAAGGGCACUCUAGAAAUUAUCAAUGGCACAAACAGCACAAUAUGGUCGUCAAACUCGUCAAAAUCUCUAAUAAAUCCCGUGGCACAGCUUUUAGACACAGGAAAUCUUGUUAUCAGAACAGAAAAUGACCAUGAUCUUGGUCAUUUUUUUUGGCAAAGUUUUGAUUUUCCUGGCAAUACUUUCCUACCAGGCAUGAAGCUCGGAAAGAAUUUGGCAACUGGCCUAGAUUGGUCCUACAAUUCUUGGAAAAGCAAUGAUGAUCCUUCUCAUGGCAAUUUCCAGAUAAAGCUUGGUAUCAGUGGUUACCCACAACUAAUCCUAUGGAAUGGUUCAGAUAAAUAUAUCCGUCUUGGUCCCUGGAAUGGUGUUACAUGGAGUGCAAUUCCUAAUUCAGGUCCAAAUAAUAUUUUUUUUGAUAAAUUUAUCUUUCAAGAGGAAGAGAUUUAUUAUGAGUAUGAACCUAUAUAUGAUUCAAUGCUUAUAAGGAUCGCCCUAGAGCCUGAUGGGCGAAUUAUACGUUACUCAUGGACCAAUCAGGGUAAUAAAUGGGAGCCAACUAUAUUUCUUCAGGCAGAUUAUUGUGAUGAAUAUGCACGCUGUGGAGCAUUUGGUAGCUGUAAUGUUAACUCUCUUUGUAGAUGUUUAGAUGGAUUUCAGCCCCAUAAUGUUGAGGUCUGGCAUAGCUUAAACUUUUCAGAUGGCUGCAUUCCAAAGACACAAUUGAACUGUAGUAACAGGGAUGAUUUUGUUCUUCAGUUAAAGACAAAAUUGCCAGAUACAAAAGGCUCAUCAUAUAACUUUAAUAUGAACCUUGAGGAGUGUAAGAAGAAGUGCCAGGAGAACUGCUCUUGUAUUGCAUAUGCAAAUACAAACAUCACGGGAACAGGAAGUGGAUGCUUGCUUUGGUUCGGUGACCUUUAUGAUAUCAGAGAUCAAGAACAGAGUUUGCAUGAUUUUUAUGUGCGAGUUGUUGCCUCAGGUUCAGGUUCCACUACUAGUUCCAGCACAAGGCGAAUUAUCUUGGUUGUACUUUUUCCCCUCAUAUCGAUUUCAACAGUCGUGCUAGGCUUCUACCUGCGGCAUCUAUGCAAGACCAGGAAGAAGAGAAAAACAGAAGGAGAACUGAUAGAGCAUGAAACCGACAAUGGGAAAGAAGAUUUACAGAUGUUCAUCUUCAGAACUAUUGCCAAUGCCACCACCAACUUUUGUGACAGUAAUAAACUUGGGGAAGGUGGCUUUGGACCUGUCUACAAGGGUGUUCUGGAAGACGGGCAGGAAAUUGCUGUAAAGAGGCAUUCAACAAAUUCGACACAAGGAGUAGAAGAGUUCAGAAAUGAGGUAUCAUGCAUUGCGAAGCUUCAACACAGAAAUCUGGUUAGGCUUCUUGGUUGGUCUACCACUGUGGAAGGAGAAAGGAUGUUAGUAUAAGAAUAUAUGCCAAACAAAAGCUUAGAUUACUUCAUCUUUGGAGAUAUUAAGCUUAGAAAAUCACUAGAUUGGCCUAAGCGUUACAACAUUAUAAACGGGAUUGCUAAGGGGAUGCUUUACCUUCAUGAAGACUCCAGAUUAAGGGUCAUUCAUAGAGAUCUUAAAGCUAGCAACAUCCUCCUUGAUUAUAACAUGAAUCCAAAAAUCUCAGAUUUUGGUAUUGCUAGAAGUUUUGGAGAUGGUGAAACUGAAUCAAACACGGCAAGGGUGGUCGGAACAUAUGGCUACAUGUCUCCUGAGUAUGCCCUUGAGGGAGCAUUUUCUGUUAAAUCGGAUGUUUAUAGCUUUGGUGUACUGCUGAUAGAGCUCGUGACUGGUAUAAAAUGCAGAUUCUUUAACCAUUCAGAACACAGCCUUAAUCUUAUGGGUCAUGCAUGGCAGAGUUAUAAAGAAGAUAGGCUUCUAGAACUGAUUGAUGUAUCAAUCCUGGAGUCCAGUGACCAGUAUCAAGUGUUUCGAGUUGUUUUAAUAGGAUUACUAUGCGUCCAGCAAUAUCCAGAAGACAGACCGAACAUGUCAUCUGUACUCGUGAUGUUAACUAGUAAAGUUUCCCUGCCUCAACCAAAACAACCUGGUUUUUUCACCGAAAGAAAAUUAGAUGAAGCAUAUCCUUCGUCAAGUAAGCAUGAAGCAGAUUCUUCAUCUUUGUAUAACCAAACUGUUACGAUUGUUACACCGCGAUAAUAUUAUCAUUCCUUCAUUUCUGGAAACUUGUUAUUAACAGUAACCAUAUAAUGAUGCCUGUAAAUACUAAAAUGAAGCAAUUAUUUUCGUUGUAAAUUUGAACAUGGGCUACCGUGUGGCAGUUCUGGUCUUCGACCUCUCCGUAAAAUAUUGGCUGCAGACAAAUUCUGAACCAUAAAUCUAUUAUAUAUAUAAUGCUGCAACACAGACUUUUGUGAGCCAAUUAAAUGGUGUGAUAUUACUGAUUUACCCCUUCUUUUUUAUAUAGAUUUACCCCUUAUUUCUAAUUGAUCUUAGUCUUAUUUGCAUAUAUCGCUGAACCCUUCCUCUUCCUCAUCCCAUUCAGCACAGACGAGAAGCAUCAAUGAAAGCAACAUGUAAUAACAUAUGAGCGUUAUGAUUAUCUCUCUUCCCCAACUUUUCAAGAAAACUCUCUACUCAGGUUUCAGGCUGACCGAUGCUGUCAAGAUUCCGCCUCAGAUCACUGUUCGGGCCAUGUCAUCAGAUUCCGGGUAUUCUUCUCAAGUGAAAUAGCUGUUCAAGAAGCUUGGUGUGCAACCACAUGUUAAUGCAUUGGACCAAUUAGGGGCUAAACACAUUGGUGGUUGUUCAGGUUAAAUAUUGGGAAUGGAAAAUAUGUUGAUCUUCCAAAAUGGCACUGAUCAAAGUUUCGCUAACAUUGCAUCAACUACCUCGGAACUACAGGUUGAAUUGACUACAACAUGGGGAGGACAACUGGAGCUUGGUGCUCUAGCUCAUGGACUUCGAAGGCAUAUCAUUCCCUGGUAUUGAGAUGGUUACGGAAAACAGAUAUGAUAAUUGGACUGCUUCGUCUGGUUCGAGCAUUAUGUUGUCAUACCAUAGGCAUGUAUUUGGAUUUGGCGAGCAUUAAAACUCUGUUGUUCCAGUUUAAUCUUAAAGGAAUGGCCUGCAGAAACUUACCCGACGUGGGCACAUAGUCCUGGUUAUGUUGUGUCAAAUGACAUAGCAACAACAAUCUGUAGAAGGCAGAAAAAAGGUCGCCUAAAUAUAUUACAUUAUGCAUGUUAUUUGAAUUCGUUUUCGACCUUAUACUAUUACCUCGCGCCCCUCCAUUCUUCCAGACCUUUCCCUUAAACAUGGUACCGGUGUUACUAAGUUAUCAGGUCACAACUUACUCGUAUGUAUCUAGAACUGUGAUAAACUUAAUGAUCUGCCAAGCAGAUGUUCAGGCUAGAAGAUGUUGCGAGGGGCAUCUGGAUUGCAGAUAUGAAGAAGCAAGGACUACGAGUUACAUGUGUGAAGGAAGAAAGGAUCAUUAAUGUGGUUUGCAAGGAUGGUUACGUUAUUGCACACUAUCAACCACCAAGAGGGAGCUUCUUUCCCUAUGGCAGAAACUUUAAGAAUAAAACCAAGCUGCAUGCUGCGGCAACUAACUCAUUUAUGUUAGAAGCAAUUUGACGGGAAGAACAAAAAGGAAGAAAUUGUGCAAGAAAAUUGCAGAAGUUGUCUUGUGCGGUGCUGUAUAGUAAAGUGUUACUGUAUUAUUGUGUAUACGCUUUAGUGAAUUAGGAUUACAUAAUACUGUAUAGUAUGUCAAGAGGGACAAAUCUAGCCUUGUAUAGAACAGUUUACAAUUGAGGUGAUAAUACACGAUAUCAGUUUUACACAACACAAAAUUUAAAACGCAAA